GGCCGCGGCCAGCGCGGGCACUUCGAAGGCGGCGCCAUGGCGGAGCCAGCCGGGGCCGAGCCCGGUCCCGCUGCCGAGCCCGAGCCCGGUCCCGCUGCCGAGCCCAGCCUGGGGACCGGCCCCCAAGCGAAGCUGGACGUCCUCACCCUGCUCCGCGUGCGGGAGCAGCUGAAGCAGCAGCUGAUGGAGUGCCGAGCCAUAGCCCGCGCCAAUCAAGAAAGUUGCCCUGACCAUGACAUUGAAGAAAUGUCUAUUGUGCGAUACAUAGAAAACUUGGAAAGAGAACUGGAGGAAUUAAAAACCUCCUUCACGAACAAGACAUCAUUCAUGCAAAGGAUCCAGCUUGUGGAUGCCCUGCGAAACAAAAUGACACAAAAUGAUGAGACAAGACAACUGAUUGUGGAAACUAUGAAACACACAGUAAAGCUCAGCCAGGCAAUAAUUGAAUCUCAACAACAAACACGUGAGAUUGAAGAGAAAUUGAAUGACAUUAAAAAGAAAAGACUCAUUCUAAAACAGGCCGAAGAAGACAAACUACUGCAAAUUCGUGCUGUGAUUAAAAAAAAAAAGGAGCUAUCGAGUAUGGAAGUGGGUGAAUUGCUGAAGAGUAUACAUAAAAACCUACAAACUGAAAGAGCGAUGACUACAGUAAUUCAGAAUGUAUUCCAGAAUAUCAUAAUUGGAAGCAGAGUUAACUGGGCAGAAGAUCCAUCUUUGAAGGCAGUUGUUCUACAGCUUGAAAAAAACAUCUCUAUUUGAGUCAGGAAGAUGGACUUUCAUAUUUACAGUGUACAUAGUAUAUAAUCAAUAUUUGUUGCAUCAUAAAAGCUCGGUUUUAUGAAUUUGAAAUUUUGACCUUUCUGGAAGUUCUCUCUACAGGCUCAGAAAUAUGGCCCUGCAACUCAUCAAAGUGAAAUUUUAAUUCCUGGUAAACAACGACCAUUCCAACAAGGAGUGUAGCUGAUGAUCCUAAGUGAAGGGCUAGUUUAUAGCUGUUCAGUACAGAGAACUAAUUUCCCACUGAAGCUCAGCAAUAAGACAAGAAAGAAUAGUAAUUUAUAUAACUUUUCAUGUAAAAGCUUGUCUGGUAUAGGUAUUACUCCAAGGCUCUGCCACUGCUGUUCAGCUCUGCCUUCCCCCCGGUUGUGUCUUCCUGCCUGCUCCACGAGACCCUGCAGUGUCCCAGUAGAAAGCUCAAACUGUAAAACUAAUUGGAAAGUGUGUGUCAGGGGGCUUUUUUCUAAGUCGUUAUAAUGCUAUGUAUAUUUUUAUACCUCGGAAGGUUUAUGCUUUUAACUGUGCGGCUGUGCUACGCGGUGAUGAGCUACGCAGCACGGCAGGUGCAGGGAGCGGAGCGAGCUGUUGGUGCUGCACUCCCGCAGCCCUGGUGAAUGGGGGUGGGUGGUGGUACAGCACGCCAGCCGCAUUCUGCUCCUUUAGACGCCAACAGUCGCAUUUUUAUUAAAUUCCGCCGCGUUGCCCCUACCGCGCUGUGUUCGCUGUGCUAAAUAAAAGACAUAAUUGGGCA